AUGGGUCUGCUCUACCUCGGGACACCACUUACCUGGGAAGAAGCAAAGAAUCACGCUGACCAUGUCAGAGAUCAUGGAAUCACUCAAUUCCUUCAUACCUGGGAUAGGGUGAAGGACCGAACUGGCGAUGAGCUAUUGUGGGGCGACGAGGUCGAGUAUAUGGUAGUUAUAUUCGACGACGAAAAAAAGAAUGCAAAGCUUUCUCUUCGCCAAACAGAAAUUCUGGAAGAACUCGGUAAAGCUGUCGGAACACUUCAUAACGACGCCUCUCUAUCUACAUCUGUACCCAAAUUUCACCCUGAGUAUGGGAGGUACAUGCUGGAGUCCACACCUGGCUCCCCUUACACGGGCUCGAUUGCAGACCUGCUCUCGGUGGAGGCAAACAUGCGCUACAGACGCACACUGGCGCGAAAUCGUUUGAAGGAAAACGAAAUCCCGCUCACUCUGACAUCGUUUCCCCGCUUGGGUACUGCUGGCGUGUUCACAGAACCACAUUAUGACCCGAAAGAUGCGAAGUCCAGUCACAGUCUUUUUUUGCCUGAAGAAAUUACAAACCCUCACGCACGCUUCCCUACCCUCACUGCCAACAUAAGAAGUCGAAGGAAAUCCAAGGUUGCCAUUAAUCUCCCGAUAUUUGAAGAUGAAAGAACACCACGGCCUUUUGUUGAUCCUACUAUACCAUGGCAACGUGACAUAUACCCAGAGGAUCCCGAAGCUAAGAAUGGCGCAGCCUUGAUAGACCACAUAUACAUGGACGCGAUGGGGUUUGGCAUGGGUUGCUGUUGCUUGCAGCUUACUUUCCAGUGCUGUAACGUGAACGAAGCACGGCGGAUGUAUGAUGCCCUGAUUCCGAUUGGCCCCCUUAUGCUAGCACUCACGGCAGCCAGCCCCAUUUGGCGCGGGUAUCUUGCAGAUGUAGACUGUCGCUGGAAUGUUAUUGCGGGAAGCGUGGACGACCGCACACCGGAAGAACGCGGACUUGAGCCUUUGAAGAAUAACAGAUAUAUCAUUCCUAAAUCCCGAUACGAUAGCCCAGCGUAUAAUGACACCGUCGUACCCUAUGAUGAAGCGAUUAGAAAUCGCUUGCUCAGUUACGGUGUUAGAGCGGAAGGUAUCGACGACUUGCUUUCAAAGCACAUUGCACAUCUGUUUAUCCGUGACCCACUCGUUAUAUUUUCUGAAACCAUUCACCAAGAUGAUAGUUCUAGCAAUGAUCAUUUCGAGAACAUCCAAUCCACGAAUUGGCAAACUCUCCGAUUUAAACCCCCUCCACCUAGCUCUUCCAUCGGCUGGCGCGUCGAGUUUCGCAGCAUGGAAGUACAAAUGACGGAUUUUGAAAACGCUGCAUUCGCGGUGUUCAUAGUUCUCCUGUCUAGGGCCAUACUAGCUUUCAACUUGAAUUUCUAUGUUCCUAUUUCGAAGGUCGAUGAGAACAUGCAGAGGGCUCAGAAGCGAGAUGCGGCGCGUACUCAGAAGUUUUUCUUCCGCAAAAACGUAAUUCCACAGGGAUAUGCCACUCUAGCUGCCAGCUCACCUUCGUCCGGGUCAUCUACCCCUAGCGAGUGCAGUGAUUGUGGUAUGGCCCCACAAGUAAAAGAAAGAAAACUAAGGAACUGCUUCCCAACGCUCGCACGUCCUCCAACCAUUGACGACGGCUUAGUUGAAGACGAAUAUGAGGAGAUGUCUAUCAAAGAAAUAUUUUGUGGAAAGGGGUCUGCGUUCCCAGGGUUGCUAGGACUUGUGGAUGCUUAUCUUGGGACAUUGGAAGCAACUCCAGAUGAGAGAAAGCAAAUUGACAAAUACCUUGAUCUCGUUCGUGGCCGUGCUAAUGGUACAUUGCAAACGCCUGCUGCGUGGAUGCGAAGCUUCGUGAGGUCGCACCCGGCAUACAAGUUUGAUUCGACUGUGAGCCAGGAGAUUAAUUAUGACCUGCUGAUCGCCGUUGACCGGAUUGAGCGCGGCACGUUGCGCGUCCCGGAACUUCUACCAGAGGAUUACGGCCAACCACACCUCAACGGAUUUCAUUAAGGAGGUCAACACCUCGUAUGUUAGGGUCCUCCACAAUUCUACGACAAGGAUUUGGGAAACCCCAUCCAAAUAGAAUUUCAUGAUGUAUUUUCGGUGUAAA